AUGGCCAAGGGUGACGUUAACCAGGCCGAGAAGUCGGUCUUCGGCAUGCCCGGAUUCGUCGUUGACUUCCUGAUGGGUGGUGUCUCCGCUGCCGUCUCCAAGACUGCUGCUGCCCCCAUCGAGCGUAUCAAGCUCCUCAUCCAGAACCAGGAUGAGAUGCUCCGCGCCGGUCGUCUCGACCGCAAGUACAACGGUAUCAUGGACUGCUUCCGUCGUACCGCCGCCUCCGAGGGUGUCGUCUCCCUGUGGAGAGGUAACACUGCCAACGUCAUCCGUUACUUCCCCACCCAGGCUCUGAACUUCGCCUUCCGUGACACCUACAAGUCCAUGUUCUCCUACAAGAAGGACCGUGAUGGAUACGCCAAGUGGAUGAUGGGUAACCUUGCCUCCGGUGGUGCUGCUGGUGCCACUUCCCUCCUCUUCGUCUACUCUCUGGACUACGCCCGUACCCGUCUGGCCAACGACGCCAAGUCCGCCAAGGGUGGUGGUGACCGUCAGUUCAACGGUCUGGUCGAUGUCUACAAGAAGACCCUCGCCUCCGACGGUAUUGCCGGUCUCUACCGUGGUUUCGGUCCCUCUGUCGCUGGUAUUGUUGUCUACCGUGGUCUGUACUUCGGCAUGUACGACUCCAUCAAGCCCGUCGUCCUGGUUGGUCCUCUUGAGGGUAACUUCCUUGCUUCUUUCCUUCUCGGCUGGACUGUCACCACUGGUGCUGGUAUCGCUUCUUACCCUCUUGACACCGUUCGUCGUCGUAUGAUGAUGACCUCCGGUGAGGCCGUCAAGUACUCCUCUUCCUUCGACGCUUUCCGCCAGAUCGUCGCCAAGGAGGGCUACAAGUCCCUCUUCAAGGGUGCCGGUGCUAACAUCCUCCGUGGUGUUGCCGGUGCUGGUGUCCUGUCCAUCUACGACCAGGUCCAGCUCAUCCUCUUCGGAAAGAAGUUCAAGUAA